CUGGAUAUCGCCCACCCUGCUGCGAGGAACCAGCAAUUGCAUGCUGGGCAGGUGCCGGCGCGGUUGGUGGUGCCUCGGUGGUUCACUAGGGCAGGGUAUGGAUAUGCGUAUCAAUGUACGAAGUACUGCUAAGUGGAAGUGUGCCUUGGCCCCUGCCUGGAAGCAGAGAGUAUAUAGGACGUCCUAGCCUCUUCCUGCAUUUAUGAUUUUCCUACUUUGCAUCCAGUAUCGAUCAACUACCCUUCGAUAUCUGACGGGAAGCUCACCAACCGCAAUCAUGGUUCUCACAGACUACACUUAUGUGUUCGUCAUUGGCACCUUCUUUGCCAUGCUCGAUGCCUACAACAAUGGUGCCAGUAAGUAGUCCUCUAUGUGAUAAGUAGUACACGAGCACCGGCUAAUUGCUUCUUUUUCUUCAGACGAUGUUGCCAAUGCCUGGGCGACCAGUGUCUCUUCAAGAUCUAUCUCCUAUCGCCAGGCCAUGGUGUUUGGAACCAUCUUUGAAAUGUUAGGUGCCAUCACGGUGGGUGCUCGAACCGCCGAUACCAUCAAGAACGGAAUUAUUCCAGUUGCGGCAUUCAAGGGCGAUGCCGGCGUUCAAAUGUUGGCUUUCACUUGUGCUCUGGCUGCUGCUGCCUCCUGGGUCAUGUGGUGUACUCGACACUCUGCUCACGUCUCCUCCACCUACUCGCUCAUCUCAGCCGUUGCAGGUGUUGGUGUUGCUACCGUAGGUGCCAAAAACGUGCAAUGGGGAUGGAACGGAGGAAAGGGACUUGGUGCCAUUUUCGCUGGUUUGGGAAUGGCUCCUACCAUCGCAGCUGGUUUCGGUGCCUCGAUUUUCAUGCUCAUCAAGGUGACAGUGCAUCUUCGCAAGAACCCAAUUCCAUGGGCUGUGUACACUUCGCCAUUCUUCUUCCUCGUGGCCGCAACCAUCUGUACUCUUUCGAUUGUGUACAAGGGAUCUCCUAAUCUCGGUUUGAACAAGAAGCCUGCGUGGUAUGUUGCUGCCGUCACCAUGGGUACUGGUGGUGGUGUCUGCCUUCUCGCUUGCAUCUUCUUCGUUCCUUUCCUCCACUCCAGAAUCGUCAAGAGAGACCCUACCGUCAAGUGGUGGAUGUUCAUUCAAGGACCACUUCUCUUCAAGCGUCCAGCACCAGCUCAUGCCGACCGCUCUGUUGUUCCAAACUACGCCGUGGUUCAACAUGACGAAGAGCUCCCAUCCACUCCUCCUCCAGAAUCCGUGAGUGAAGGAUCAGUUCACAAGGACGAGAUCACCCGCUCCUCUUCCGACGCCAACGAAAAGCGGCUCGUUGCCGCCGAAACUCAAGCCAAAACUAUGACCUACCAGCAACUUCGAGAGGAUGGAGAUGCUAAACUCCAUGCCAAGCUCUGCCUUAAACGUGGUCCCUUUGGUUGGGCCAUGCGUACUCUCCGAGACAGUCCAUAUGGCCCUGGUCGAAUUUACGAAGUCCACAACAUGAAGAUCGCCAUCAAGCGUGUCCCAGCCAUGAUCGUCGUCGGUGCUCUCUACGGUCUGCACUACGAUAUCCACGCCGCGCAAACUGGUAUCGCAGGCACGCCCGAGGGUAAACGUAUGGAGCGCGUCUACGACCAUGCUGAGAAGUACUCCAACGAGGUUGAGCACACCUACUCUUUCAUCCAAGUUCUGACUGCAUGCACUGCUUCUUUCGCCCACGGUGCCAACGAUAUCGGAAACUCCGUUGGUCCUUGGGCUGUGAUCUACUCUUCCUGGACCACGGGUGAGGCUGCCAAGUCCAAGGCUCCGGUCCCAGUUUGGCAGUUGGCUGUCAUGUCUGCCAUGAUCUCGUUGGGUCUCAUCACCUAUGGCUACAACAUUAUGAAAGGUACUUCAACCCUCAUCUCCCUCUCAUAGAAACUCUACUAACAACCGACUUCUAGUCAUGGGUAACAAAAUCACCUACCACUCCCCCUCGCGCGGUUGCUCCAUGGAAAUGGGCGCCGCCGUCACCGUGCUCGUCUUCUCCCAGUACUCGCUGCCCGUCUCCACGUCGAUGUGUAUCACGGGAGCCACCGUGGGUGUCGGACUUUGCAAUGGCACCAUCAAGGCGGUUAACUUCCAGCGGGUGGGUCUCCUGUUGCUCAGUUGGAUUGCGACGAUUCCGAUUGCUGGGACGAUGGCGGGGGUGUUGAUGGGGAUUAUUCUUAAUGCGCCGCACUUUAAGUCGUGAGCUUUACUUAAUGGGUUUUUUGAUGAUGGAUAAAUGAGAACUUCUUUUUUAAUUCUAUUGAUUUUGAUUGGGUUACUUUUGGGUGCGGAGAUAUAUCUCCUUGUUUCUUCUGAUUCUUUCUUUCUUUCCCUUUGGAUAUUUGGCUUUGUGAAUGAAGCUUUUUUUGGCUUGGUUUGGCUUGGUUUGGAUGGUAUGGAUGGUUUGGGUACAUGGGGUGGGUGGAAGGAAGGAAAAUCACAUGCUGUAUUUGAUUUGAUG